AUGAGCUAUCCUUGUUUAUUACCAGAAGACGGUCAACCUCUUUAAAUAUAAUCAAAAGUAUUUAUUGUUGGCAGAUUAGAUAAGUGUCAUCUUAAAAUUGAUGUAAAUUUUAUUAUUUUAUAUUAAAGCAUCCUUCCAUUUCAAAACAACAUUGUGAAAUCUUGGUUUAAGAUAAAAUCUUAAUUGUAGACAAAUAAUCAUUAAAUGGAACAUUUGUAAAUGGUGUUAAUGUAGGAAAAGGCCAAUAAUUUGAAAUUUUUAGUGGAGAUAUUAUAUAAUUCGGAAAAUAUCCAAUACUUUAUACAUUUUAUAGUGACACAAAGAUGGCUUAUAAAUAAAAAAAACCAAACCAACCAGUUAAAGAUAUGAAAAUCUCUGUUGUUGAUUUUGUUAAAUAAAAAAAUUUAGAAUUUCAAUAAUAGUAAACACCAAUUAUUUAACAAUAAUCUUCUUAAUAAAUUCCAUUUCAAUUAAAAUAAUAUAGUCCAGAUUCUAUCAUUAUGGCAGAGAAACAGAAAAUAGAUGAAACAACUUAAGAUCUUAUUAAAAAUAAAAAUAUUGAAACAGCCUAAUAAAUUAUUUCAUAAUUAGAAAGAGAGAAUAAUGAUUUAAGAACAUAAGUUUUGUAAUAAUAGGCUGAUUAUGAUAAAAAAUCUCAGGCAUUUCUUGAUUUGUAAUUUAGAUAUGAGAAAUUAUCAAGUGAAUUCAAUAACAUUUAGGUAUAUUAUUAAAAAUUUAAUCAAAAUAGACUAAAUAUUAGUCAGUUGAGCCAUUUACAAAGGAUUUAUAAACAAAAUUAGAGUUAUGUCGUAAAGAAAAUGAACUCCGAUUAGCAGAAAUAGAAGAAUAUAAGAUAACAGAUAUAGGUAAGAAAAUAGCAAUAUAAAAUGUAAUUAAUAUAUAAUAUAUUAAAGGCUGAAAUUUAAUAAUUAAGAAAAAUUCUAUAGUUGAAAGAUGAAGAAAUACAAGGAUAAAAAAAGCAAAUAACUUAAUUAUUAUCUAAUGUUUCGGGAAAGUAAUAUUUUAAUAUUAUUUUAUAGUCCAUAACAUCAUAUAUAAAUGCUUGAAUAGAAUUCAAGAGAACUUACUUAAUUGAAAAAAUAAUUAAUUGAAUGGGAAGGUAGAGAUAAUGAAUGCAGUAGAAAAUGGACUCAAUUAUUAUAAGACAAUGCUAGAAAAGAAGAAUAAAUUAGAGCUCUAAAAUAUUAAAUUGAUCGAUUAACACAAAAUAUUUAAUCUCUUCAUCAAGAGUUUGAUCAGAAAAACCAUGAAUUAAAUAAAAGAAUACUUUAAAUUAUUGAUGCUUAAGGUGAUUAACAAUAAAGAGAAGCUGCAACAUUUCUAGUUUAAUAAAUUUCUUUAAUUUCUGAAGAAAGAAGAGUAUAUUUAGCUGAAGUAGAAGAAUUAUACAAAUCAAGACAAGAAAUCAUUACAGAAUUAGAACUCUUAAAGAAAGAAGAAUACAUUAUUCCUGAUGGAACUAAUGUUACUUCUUUAAUUAAAGCCUUAAGAUAAAGAGUUGAAGAAUUAAAUGAUAUAUUAAAUGAAUACAAAUAAAGAGGUGAUAAUUAUUUAUUUAUUUAUUUAUAGAUAGUUUUGAUUAAUUAGUGAUUCAAAAGCAGUUAAUAGAAGAAUUAGAAUAAAAAUUAAAUUUCGCAGAUAAAAAAAGUAAGCAGUUAGAAUUGCAAUUAUUUUAAUUAAAAAAUAUUUCACCUUAGUAUUAAGCUGAAACUCAAUUUGAAUUCUUUACUAAGAGAAUUAAUGAGUUAACUGCUUAAAUUAAAGAUUAAUAAAAAAAAAUUAAUUAAUUAGAAGGAGUUGACUAAUAGAAAGAGUUAUAAAUUUAAAAUAUGAAGUAUCAAUUAAAUACAAUUAAAUUAAAUGAUUAAUAGAUCAUAAAUCCUAUUCUUUAAAAUGAAUUUAAAAAUGAAAGAAUAGGGAAUGAAUUUGAUACUUGA